UAUGAGCAAUGGCGAGAGCUGGACUGUCCAAGAGAAAGAACCGGGCAAUGAGAUAUGUGAUUCCGUGAACAAUGGCGAGAGCUCGACUGUGCCAGAGAGAGAAUCGAGCAAUGAGGUGCUUGAUGUAGCUUCCGAUGGCUGUCGGGUUGAUACAACUCUUGUUCAACAGAUGUACAAAAGGACAUAUGCUGAAGUAAUGAAACCUAAGAAAGGUGGCGCUGUGAAGGAAUCAGCUGCAGCGGCAUCUAAAGCAGUCCCUACGCCAACAUCUGAUACGCCGAUCUCCACUUCUGGUGCUGCUGGAAACAACACAUCAGUGUGCAUUAAAAACAUACCCUUCGGUGCAACACCGGCUCAUCUCGAGGAGCACUUCAAGAGGUUUGGUCCUAUCAAGCCUGGUGGCAUCCAAGUCAGAACCACUAAGGUUCGUCUCUCCUAUCAUCUUCUGUAGCUUUCUGAACACUCUUAUCGUUCUUCAUAUUUGAUGAUGUAAGAGUGCACUUUUAGUGCCAGGA